UUUGAUGUUAUUUUUCAGUGCCAUGAAGAUAAUGCUGGGCAAGCUGCCCCGUCAGUGGAUAGUUGACGACGCGAAGGACGACGGGUACACGGCGCUGCACCUGGCCGCCUUCAACAACCACGCGGAGGUGGCCGAGCUGCUGGUCCGCGGCGGCGCGCGGCCCGACCUGCAGAAUGCAAACCUGCAGACCGCGCUCCACCUCGCCGUCGAGCGACAACACACGCAGAUCGUCAGGCUCCUCAUCGCACACGGCGCCAAUCUCAACAUUUGUGAUAAGGAUGGCGACACCCCCCUGCACGAGGCACUGAGACACCACACGUUGCAACAGUUGCGACGACUUCAAGACGCCCGUGAUGCCUCUCUGCUAAGUGGUAUCGCACAUGCGCACGACAAGAAAUCAUCGGCCUCCAUCGCCUGCUUCCUUGCCGCCCAUGGCGCUGACCUAACUGUCAAGAAUAAAAAAGGACAGACGCCAUUAGAUCUAUGCCCAGAUCCAAACCUGCGUAAGACGCUAACGACAUGCCGCAAGGAAGGCACCGGCCUGCCGAUCGAUGGAACCCCAGAUAGUGAGGCCCCUCCCCUCGCGGGCCCCAGCUGUACACCGGCCGCAGUUGAGGCCCCCGCUGAAGCGCCCCCCAGCGACCCCACCGCGGACGAGUGCCUCGUGUGCUCUGACGCUAAGCGAGAUACACUCUUCCGUCCGUGCGGACACAUCUGCUGCUGCAACGUUUGCGCUGCAAGAGUGAAGAAGUGCCUGGUGUGCCGCGCGGGCGUGUCGGCGCGGCAGCGCGUGGGCGAGUGCGUGGUGUGCUCGGAGGCGCCGGCCACGGUGGUGUUUCGGCCGUGCGGCGACGUGUGCGCGUGCGCCGCCUGCGCGCCGCUCAUGCGCAAGUGCGUGGAGUGCCGCACGCCGCUGCAGCCCGCCCAGCCGCCCGCCCAGCCGUCUGCCCAGCCGCCCGCCCCUGCCGCGCCCUCACUGCCCACUCCUCCCGCGGAGUCCAGCUGCGCCCCCCUCAGUGAAACGCUUAAAGGGUGCUGUCCCGCAGCCGGCGAGGGCGGCGGCAACCUGGCGCUGCUGCAGGCCAACAAGGGGCAGCCGGCGCCCGCGCCCGCCGCGCCGCACCUGCUCAACAACGGCGCGCGCUGCGCCGCGCCCGCCGACGUGCAGAAGCUGCAGCAGCAGCUGCAGGACAUCAAGGAGCAGACAAUGUGCCCGAUUUGCCUGGACCGACUGAAGAACAUGAUAUUUUUGUGCGGGCACGGAAUGUGCCAAAUGUGUGGCGACCGCAUCACCGUGUGUCCGAUUUGCCGCAAGACUGUCGAAAAACGAAUUCUACUUUAUUAAGCACUAUACUUUUGCCUGCAAUUUUGUAUGCGUGAAAACUCGAAUUAGAUAUAAUAUAUCUUCGAUAAGGUAUAACAUACCUUUAAUAUCUCACCUUCCAAGUCUAGAUGGCAUAUGCGGUCGUAUAUUAAUGUAAAAUGUAUCCAAAUGUACCUAGUAUUUCCCUUAGACAUGUCAACUUUGAAUGUAGAAACGAAAAUAAAUAUAUAUGGGUCUAUAUCAAAGAAUCAAUUUUGUCUGUCAUAAGUAUAUCCUACGUACGGACAACAUUAUAUUACAUUUCUAUUAUAUUAAUUAAUAAAGCGAUCGAAUGUAAUUGGUUGGUCGGAAGUUCCAGUAACGUGGAUGGUUAAAUAAAAGUUAAUCUUGACUAUGUUAUAUCUUCCAAAGCUUUUUGUUUUCUAUUGUAAUUACUUAAGUUGAUAUUUACCACGUACGUAUGUCAGUACGAUUAAUAUAAUGAAGUAGUUUGUAUGAAAACGUGGCUUUUUAUAGAUUUGAAGGCUUAAAUAGUUUUUGUAAUUCAUAAUCAUUAAACUAAGGUAAUUUUUGUAACUGCCAAACUAUAGAACAUAAAACUUAAUAUCGUUAACAUUCAUUUAAAACUAAUCUACACUUUUACAUCAAUUACAAGUUUUUGUAUCUUAAUAGAAAAGACAAUAAAAUCGCAGUCGCUGAAACAA